AUGACGGAGGAGGGAGAGCUGAUGAAUGAACGCGGAGCGCCACACAGACAGGCCUCAGGCGUCCCGGCGCUCAGACGGCUCUCUGAGUGUGCUUUCGGUGUCCUCCGUUUCUACCUGCAGGACACUAAAAGCAGCAACGGGACGUUCAUCAACAGCCAGCGGCUGAGUCGGGGCUCGGAGGAGAGUCCGCCCUGCGAGGUCCUGUCCGGUGACAUCAUCCAGUUCGGGGUGGACGUGACUGAGAACACACGCAAAGUCACCCAUGGCUGCAUCGUGUCCACAAUCAAACUCUUCCUACCUGACGGGAUGGAGGCCCGCCGGCGAAGCGAGUCACGUGAGCGAGAAGUGGAGGAGAAGUGCGUUUUGGACAGGAACAAUGAGCAGCUGGAGGAAUGGCUGAGCGAGAGGCCGAGUGGUGAACUUUGCCCUGUGACAAAUCACUUUGUGCCGCUCACAGGAAGAAGACCUGACAGAUGUCAUAUUGACCUGGACCGGUGCCCCAACCAUCUCAUACCGUGGACCGUCCAGUUUGUGCUCCGUAAAGUAACGGGAGACUGCACCGAGCCGGAUGUUAACCCUGACCAUCUGACACUCCAAAAGCUUCGUUUGCAGACACUCGACCAGCAAAAGGGCCAUGUCAUCCAGGCUCCAUUACCACUACCUGUAGACAAGGUUGCAGCCAACACUCCCAGUAUGUAUUCUCAGGAACUGUUCCAGCUCUCCCAGUAUUUACAGGAGGCCUUACACAGAGAGCAGAUGUUGGAGCAGAAGUUAGCCUCUCUGCAGCGUCUGCUGACCAACACUCAGAAGGCCUCAGAGAGCAGCUGGCAGGCUCUGAUAGACGAGGACCGUCUUCUCUCCAGGCUGGAGGUGAUGGGCAGUCAGUUACAGGCUUACUCAAAGUCCCAGCCAGAGGAAGGGAUCCGAAAGGAGCUCCUGGCUCUCCAGGAGGACAAACACAACUAUGAGACGAGGGCAAAGGAGUCCCUGAGGGCCGUCCUGCAGGAGAAGAUUGACGUGGUCCUCAAACUGUCUGAGGUGGAGCGCUCGCUCAGCAACACCGAGGACGAGUGCACCCACCUGAAGGAGAUGUCCGAGCGGGGUCAGGAGGAGCUCAGGGAGCUGGCCAACAAGUACAACGCCGCCGUCAACGAGAUCAAAGAGCUCACCGAUAAAAUUAAGGCGGCAGAGGGCCGGCAGGAGGAACUGACUCAGCGGGGGGCGACUGAGAAGAGGGAGUUGGAGAUGAAGAUCGAAGAGAUGGAGGAGAAGGAGCAGGUUCUCCAGGCUCGCAUCGAGGCUCUGCAGGCCGACAACGACUUCACCAACGAGCGGCUCGCUGCCCUGCAGGCGCGGUUAGAACAGCUUCAAGAAAAAAGCAUAAAAGAGAACAACAGCCUCGAUGUCGACAUUGUCCCCCACGGACCGGUAGAGGAGCCUGUUGAGGACAAACAGAGCCGGCAGACACCUGAGAGCCAGGAGGAAGAGGAGGAUGAGGGGGAUACAGACACCGAUGAUGGUGCAGUUGGUGAAGAUGGAGAUGAUGGUACUGUCAAACAGCUGAAGGAGACCGUAUGUUCCUCCAUACACAAACUGGCCAACUUUGAUGAAGUUAUGGACGCUCACUUGCAGAACAACCAGACGGCAGAAGACAACAUCCUGGAAAGUCCUGACCGGCUCAAAGGGAAUCAGAUGGACGCCAAAGAGUCGGACAUGUCGGACACGCUGAGUCCGAGCAAAGACCGCAGCAGCGACGACACGUCAGAAGGCAACAUGGAUGACCAGGAGCUGAACGAACCACAGAACAGAGUGGCGCUCCUCAAAGCUGAGCUGCAACGGGCCGGUUUGGAGCCUUCGGACACGGAGCAGGUCAUCCACCACCUCCACCGAGAGCUCCUGGAGGCCCAGGAACUGGCCAACACUGGCAAGCAAAAAUGUCUGGAGCUGCAAGCUCUGCUGGAGGAGGAGAAGAGGAGUACCUCCAAACUGACCGAGGAUUCAACCAAACAGAUCCAGUUCCUGCAGAGUCAGUGCACACACACACACACGGGGAUGGAGACGCUUAGUUUCCUCGCGCUGUUAGCUAACGUGUCCCUGCCCGGCUUGUUGUGGAUCCUCGUCCUCCGGCACGCCAUGGAGGCGGCCACGGCGGAGCGCGAACGCGAGAUCGCCGCCCUGCAGGCGGACCUGGGCGGCGUGCGGAGCGAGCUGGAGCACUGGAGGAGCACGGCCGCCAAGUACGAGGAGGAGAUCAGCCGUCUGCAGGAGCUCUUCACGCAGCAGCAGCAGAAGCAGAACACGGCCAACCAGCUGCAGGUGGAGUGCGUGGCCCUGCAGCAGCGGUGUGAGUGUUUGCAGCAGGACUGCGACGGGCUGAGAUCCGAACGGACGGCUCUGGCUGAUAAGCUGCAGAACCUGGAGGCGGAGUUGAGCAGCACCAGGGAGCAGAGUCUGGUCCUCAGCAGCAGUCUGGAGUCUCUGGAAAAGAGGGAGGAGGUGUUGCAGGGCAAACUGGGGUCCCUGGAGAACCAGCACCUGCAGGACGCCAGCAAGCUGAAGAGCCAGCUGGACCAGGCCCAGGCCCGCACACACACGCUGCAGAAAGAGUACGAAGACACCCAGUCGCAGCUGUCGGACCUGCGUCAGCGCUACGAGAGGACGGAGAAGGAGAAGCUGAACAUCCACCAGGAGCUGGAGCAGUGCCGGAGCAGCCUGAAGCUGCUGCAGGACAAGACCAGCUCCCCAUCCAUUUUGCAGCCUGUCCAAGCCAUAUUCAUGGGCCUUGUCCUGGCUCUGCUCUACUGGUGUUUCGGCCAGUUGUGGUAGAAAGGUACACACCGACAUGACUCCAUCCUGUCUGUCGCUGCCGCCGCCUCAUCUGUCCGUCGGCUCUGAAAGAGAGGC